UCGAUAAAUAUUACAAUUUUAAUUUUUUAUUUUUUAUUAUUUUUAUAUAAAUUUUUUUUUCAAGCAUCAUUUCUGUUAAUCCAUUUAUUUUUGAAUUAAAGGCAAUAUAGUGUCGUUUAAAAUUUUGUUUUUUUACUAUAACAAGGACGAAAAAUAAUUAAUAAAUAUUUGAAUAAUUUAAUUGUGUAAAAAAAUGUGUGUAACAAUUAAUAAAUAAAAUAAUUUAAAUGUAUUUUAAAAAAAGACUAAUAUUUUCUUUUUAAAAUACAAAAAAAAAAUUACAAAACAAUCUACAUUCUAUGCCAUUCAUAUGUACUUUUAAUACGAGAAAAAAUUUUUUCACAUAUACUUUGAAAAAAUAUUAAUAAUAGUGUUAUGUGUAUAACUAUAAAUAUAGAAUUUUCAAUUUAAAAUAAAUAUAAAAAUUAUUGAAAUGUAAAUUUAAUUUUUAAUAUUUACAAUUCUCAUAAGUAAUUACAAAAUACAAAAAAAUAAUUCCAGGAAAAGAGUAGAACAAUGAGAGACUUUGCGUAUGUAUAUGUGCGUUUUAAUAUAAAACAAAAUUAAAUUACAGUGUAAUGAGAAUUUAAUUUAAAAACAAUAUAAAAAAAAUAAAUUAAAAAUUAAAAUGAAUGAAUUAUUUAAAAUUUUUAUUUAAAUAUAUUAAUCAUGCAUUUAUAAUAUUAUUAAUAUAAUAUAUAAUUAAAAAAAAAAUAUAAUAAAUAGUAAUAAUGAAUUUAUGGAUUUAUGUCUAUUUAACAGCACUAUUAGGGUGUUGCUAUGUUUCACCACUAUCAGUUACCCAUAUUGAUGUUCCCGAAAUUGUAGAUUUUCGAGAUCGUGUCACUUUAUCGUGUAGCUUUAAUAUGGGUGGUCAUAAAUUAAAUUCUGUAAAAUGGUACAAAGAUGAAGAAGAGUUCUUUAGAUAUUCGCCUAUGACACAUCCAAUAUUCCUAACAUUUCCAGUUGAUGGGGUAACAACAUCAAAAGAAGGGAUUUUUUGUAAUGAAUUAACAUGCAGUAUUAAUUUAAGUCAAUUAAAGCGUAAAUCAUCUGGUACAUAUAGAUGUGAAGUAUCUGGUGAUGCUCCAGAAUUUAAAUUAGCAACAAAGGCAUCAAAUAUGACAGUAGCAGCUCUACCACAACAUGAUCCAUUAAUAAGUGGUGUUAGUAUUCAAUAUGAAGUUGAUCAAUAUGUCAUUGCAAAUUGUACAUCAGAUUAUUCAUCACCUCCAGCGACACUAUCAUGGUAUAUAAAUAAUGAAAGAGUAUUUCCAGAAUGGAUGCAACCACAACAAGAAUCAUCAAUGGAAAUGAAUGAAUUUUUAAUGAAAUCAAGAAGUUUGGUGCUAAAUUUCUAUUUAAAUAGUCAAAUAUUUUAUCAUUCAGACGGCAUAUUAGAAUUAAAAUGUGUUGCUGAAAUUGAUGAAAAUAUGCGUAGAGAACGUAUUGCAGCAUCAUAUUUAUUACCACAAAAUGAUUAUUUAAAUAAUCAAAAAUUAUAUUACAAUAAUAAUUUGGGCAACAGAAGAAAAAUGUUAUCCUUUAUAUCACUGGCAAUUAUAGGAUUAAUAUUUAACGGAAUUUCGGAUUGGUUUCUUAAAGUUAAUUCAAUAGAUUUUUUAAGUUGAUUUCAUUUAUAAACACAAAAAAAAAAUAACAAAUUUAUGAAUAAAAAAAAUAAAUUUUAGUUAGUUUAUUUUUUAUUGUUUUCGAAAUAAGAGUAGAGAAUUUUUUUUUCUAAUUUUUGUUACAUUUUAGUUUUUAAGGGAUAAAAUUAAAUUACAUUGAAUUUUUUAUAAAAAUAUGAAAAACAAGAAAAAAAAUACAAAAAUAACUGAAAGUAUUGGCCAUAUAAUUUCAUUAGUAAGGGUUAAUAGUGGAAAAACUUGAUUUUUGACUCUUGAAAUUAAGCGAAAGUUUUAUAUGAGAGCGGAAAAUGCAUAAUAUUAUUCACAUAAUUUGAUUUGUAGAGUGGAAAUGUGUCUUUUUACUAUACAACAACAUUUUUCAGUGAUAAUGUUGAAAGUCGGAUUGAGUUUUAGUCUAGUGUUUUAAAUAAAAAUUCUGACUAUUUUUAGUUUAUCGUGUGAGAAUUUCGAAAUAUUUUUAAUAUUUCUCAUCUUCUAAAGUGAGUCAACUUUUAGUUUUUAUAUAUUCCCACUCACAAUUUCUAAAAAACUAGAGAUACAUGAACGCUUGAAAAAUGAGAAUAUUUCUCUUAAUUGUACAACAAUUGAUGAUGAAGCUCACUCUUAUAUUCUUUUCAGGGUGGCUCCGUGAAUGUGAAAUGUGUACUCAAUAAAGUUAAAUAUUAAUUAUACAUGUGAAAAUUAAAUUUUUUUGGGGCUUCUUUCAAUUUUACAAUUUUUAAUACAAAAGAGCCGUAAAUUUUAAAUUAAAGAAUACCUGAUUGAAUAAAAGCAUUUUUACGAAAAUAAUCGCAAAGCCCGCUUUACCUUAAUAUAACAAUUGAAAUUAUAACGCAAUACUUAACAGUUAAAAAAAAAAUAUUAGAAAAACAAAAUUUAUUUUAAAAAUAAAAAAAUAAUUGUAAUAAGUGUAAAUAAAAAAUUCAAAUUUAUUUUUAAAAUAAAAACUAAAUUAGAAAAAAAUAUAAAAAUUAAAUUUAUAAUUUUGCAAAAAAAAAAGGAAAAUAAAGAAUUUGUAAAUAAAAAAAUUUAAACAAAAUAGCGCAGAACGAUAACAUCAAAAACUACAAAAUAAAGCAAAACACAAGAAACUAUUCACAAUGGCUGAGUCUCAAAAAAAAAAAUAAAAAAUUUUACCAGAUAUUUUUGAAUAUUAACAAAAAUUACAACUUAAACUAAAAGAAAAAACAAGAUAAAAGAUAAAAAAAUUAUGCAAAUUGUAAAUAAACACUAAAAACAAAAUAUUAAAAAUGAAGAAACCCAAAAAUAAAGAGAGAAAACGGAGAAAGUAA